AUGGGCGCAGUUCCCAACUCUAAAGAGUCUCUGUUCUCGGUAGAAACACUACGCAAACACGUUCUCCGCCUUCCUCCACCUCUACAGUCUUUGGUACUCAGCGGAAUAAUUGGCUUUGGAGCCUCGCCUGGAGGUCAAAUGCUUGGUCUUCUACUUGACCUGAACCGACGACUCGAAGGGCCACAUCCCUCUCGAUUAAAUGGUCAAGUUGUGGUGCAGGAGAGCUUGAGCCCGGACGUGCUGGAUGCGGUACGGUAUGAUGAGUUUAUUGAUGCAGACGGUAGAGGUACGGAGGGUCUGUUGAAGGGCCUGCAGGAGAGCGCGAGGCAGACAACUGGGAAGGGAUAUAUUGUGAUUGGUGGGAGUGGAUUCGUUGGAACCCAUAUUGUCCGUCUAUUACUCCUGCGUAAAGAGCCCCACAUUCGUAUUCUCGACCUUCACCCACCCACGGAUCCAGCUCUUGCUAACCAUCCCUCCGUCUCAUUCGUCAAAACCGACAUCACACAACUUUCUUCCGUGCGAAGUGGAUUGCUCACUCCCUUCAAGGAUGACAACAAAACCGAAGUAUUACCGAGCGUAAUAUUUCAUACAGCAGCCAUCAUCAGAUUCUGGGAACGUGCAUCCUACGCAUAUCCCCUUUCAGCCGAUGUCAACGUCCGAGGAACCUACAAUGUCAUCACCAUCGCCUCUGAGCUCGCCUCCCUCAAUUCCUCUCGCUCUGACGCAGCGGAGACCAUCCUCGUUUAUACCUCUACCUCCGACCUCUCCAUUCCCCGCCCGCGUUUCCUCAAACUAGGCAAAGAUUUCGAGGUAUGGCCUAGCAACACGGUGAUAGUAAGCGACGAAGAUAGGGAAUGGACGGAAGAUGAGGUGAAAGAAUAUGGGUCUGUGAGCUGCUAUGCGAGAAGUAAGCGUGAGGCGGAGAAGUUCGUCAAGGGCGCCAAUGAGCCUGAUGGUGGCAUGCUGAGAACAGGAAUUCUGAGGCCGGGGCAAACAAUCAUAGGCCCGAACGACCGUUUGGUCACUAGCGUGUUGUCGACCGACCCCGUCACCAUCUUCGAUAAGAAUUGGGCACAUACGAAUGUUUGUGUGUGGGAUGCGGCAGCUGCGCAUCUUGCGCUGGAGGAUGCAUUGAGGAACCGCCCAGAGGAAGCGGGUGGCGAGACGUUCUUGAUCACUGGAAAUGGAUCGGCAUGGACGAUGGGGGACACAAGGAAUGCCGUGAAGGUACAUCCAUCCUCGCUCCCCAUCCAUGCCUUCUCAUUCGAUCUUACUCACGCCACACGACCUGUCACGCCACAGCACUAUUGUCCCCGCCCAUUGACGUUCAAACACACUUCCCCACUGCUUAUCUUCGUCCUCGCCCAUCUCAUCGAGGUUUUCCUCUACCUCCGCUUUUACUUCCUCUUCCCUUUCUACCGCAUCCUGGGACUGCUAGGGUUCUUCUCCGGACCAGGCUCGAGGCCGAGCACCGCACCAAAAUGGUUGAAGGAGACGGUAUUCCUCCAGCCUACUACGUUGGAGUAUAUGAGGGAUGUGGUUAUUGAUGAUAGUAAGGCUAGGAAGAUGAUUGGGUGGGUAUCGACCGUUGUGGGAGACCGCACAGAUCAUCAAGUAUGCAGUCGAUCAGGUCGAGUCGGGAAGAGUGAGACGGGGUUCAGUGUCGGAGUGGUAGUCGAGGAACGGAGGUGGCGAAGCCUCUAG